GAGGACCGCUAAACCGCAUAUUAAACAAUUAAUACAACAACAACUCACACGAAAGUUCCAGAAGUAAAACUGUUGCCAAGUUUUCAUUAAAAAAUAUAAAUGUUAUCAUGUCUGGGGAUUUACAAAACAAGAAUGACAAGCAGCUGGUGCCAGUCAUGCAGAAGCCAGCAAGGAAAAGCACUGCAGUUGUCCCGUAUAAAAGUGUCCGGUCAGAGGCCGAGGUUAAGCAUGGGAUAGUACACUUUGCCGCACCGUUCUCUCCACUCAGCAUUCACACAGACCUGAACAUUCCCCCAUCAAACUGGCUUAGGGCUUCCUCAGAGCUAGAACAGCAUGUGCGAGACUUGACCUGGAAUACAGCCAGAACUCCCUCACAGUUUUCUAGUAUUGAUAUGGCCCACAACUUUCCAGACUUGGCAGGGGAGGUGGAUGUUAUCACACAUGCAGCAAACAUUAAGAAGCUUCUGAAGAUGCCGUUUGAGAAGUCACAUGUGAGCAUGAUGGUGCACCGGGUGGGCAAGACACUGCUAUUGGACGAGUUCGAUAUUCACAAGCACCUGCUCCGAACAGAACAGAAUGAAUGGGGCUGGCUUAGAAGGUUCUACUAUGAGUCUGUGCUGAGAGAUAUUGAAGAAAAUAUGAAGUGUGUACCUCGGCCCAGUAAGAGUAGGGACGACCUGCAGAGCAGGAACAUGUACUCCAAGUUCCUCUAUCAUAGUCUGGGUGAGAAUGAGACGGGUGUGGAAGCUGCAGACCUGAGAGAGAUGCUGAACACUGACAACCAGUCUCUUAUACCUGACCCUUUACCGAAGCCCAGGGAGAGUCAGACUCACCGUGAUGUGCUGUGGACUUUUGAAGACAUAAGGAUGUUGAUUGGCACUGACCUACCCGUGUUUAGAGAUGAGAGCUACUAUGUCAGCCUCAGACUAAGGGACAUGCGCACUCCAAUCAAUGUUCUUACUGGACUGGAUUACUGGCUGGACAACCUGAUGUGUAACGUACCAGAGGUGGCCAUGUGCUUCCAUAUCGAGGGAAUUGUACAGCAAUAUGAGAUAAUUAAGACGGAAGAUAUUCCCCAUCUGGAGAACUCCAAGUUUGACCAGGGUACUGUGACAAACAUAGCCAAGAAUAUUCUCUCCUUCCUCAAAAAUAAUGCUACCAAGGAGGGGCACACAUAUUGGUUGUAUAAAGGUAACAAUGACGACGUGGUGAAACUGUACGACCUGACGGCGCUGUGUGGGGAGGUGAACUCAGAGCCGGAGCGCAACCCUUUUACGGUUCCCCUGGGCAUGCUGCUGUACCGGGUAGCCCGUAGCAUGUGGACAAACCGGACGCCCGGGCGGGAACCCCUUACAAGGACACUGCUGGAAAAUUGCCUGGUCUUGCUAGAUGAGACCAAACAUGCCCAGGUUUGCACAUCUGCCACCUACUUGCUGUCUGACCUGUAUGUACCAGACAGCUCUCUGGAAGAUAAUUGGUCGCUGCCUGGCAACUCCUCCAAUGAAACAAGUGAUGAAGAGCAGGAUUCAGAGGAGUUUAGUGAAAGUGACACCAGCAGCAUUCGAGUGCAGACCCUCUCAGAUAAUGGAAGUGUUACGAGGUCUGGGGACCUCCUUCGACUGAAACCUUUCCAAGAAACAUCUGAACAGCGUUGUUGUGAGGCUGUGAAGUUUAUUUGCAAGGGUCUAAAGUGUUUACAGUUCGACUUAGAGCAUGGCGCUCACAGGCCGAGCAAGAUCAUCGAGGAACAAGUGCGGUGUAACCGCGAUGAGGCCAUCCCGCUCCACUACGAACCGCUGAACAAACCGUCCAGUCAGGAACAAAGGCAGAGUCAAUCAGAAGAGAAAAGGUCAUUGGCUGACCUUCGUGUGACCUCCAAGAGUCCAGAGGUGGAAGGUCAAGGUCAUGCCUGGCAUCUUGUUUCAAAGGGCCUGCUGUAUAGGAAGGCUGCUUAUACUUUCUUAGCCUUAGCGAAGCCAUGCGUACCUAGAGGGGAGAUGUUAGAGACACUGCGCUACCUGAGGCUGGCCUUUGCCUGUUUUGGUAUGUUGAAAUCUCUACUGCCAAACAAGGUGAAAGAGAACGAUGCCCUUCUGUCGAGCAUGUAUGGUCUCCUUGGUGACUGCAGACUUGGUUACCUGAAGAGUAGACUGCCACCAGUUGACUGGGGCACAGUCUGGAACGCAGGGAUGCCAGAGGAAGGCACGCUGAUGGAGCUGAUAGAGAAAGAGGGGGAGCAUUUUGAAUUCGAGGACCUAUUCAAUUCAAGCUGCAAAGAUGACAUCAUUCUCGAGAGCUGUGUGCAAUGCUAUACGGAGGCACUAGCACUGACAUCAAAGAAAAAUGCCAGUGUAUACACAGCACUGCAGAAGCGAAGGGGCAAUGCGUUGAAUGAGCUUGGUGUCUGCCUCAUGUUGAUGGCGCAAAAACACUUGGAAGGGUCUGAUCUAAGUGACUCAGGCCUUCAACACAUGGAAGAUCUCUGGCAUCGAUCCCUCUCAGUAUUCAAUGACGGCAUCGCAGUGUUUGAGGAUGCGAAAGACGUGGCCAAUCAGGCGCUUCUUAACUGUAAUGCUGGACGACUGAUGAGACUGGUUGCUCAGACGCACACUAAGGUUGCCCUGAAAGGAAAUCUUCACGAGUUCACUCCGUUGGAGAGGGAAUAUUACAAUAAAGCGAUUGACAGGUAUAAGACAGCACUCAAGUUGGGUACCCAGGGAUUCAAGCAUAUCGUGGAGUCUGUCAAGUGGGAGCUCUCUACUACAUAUUUUAAUAUGGCUGCACUGCUGCAAGACUACGCCCCUCUUUCGUCACGGAAACAAGAAGAGGUGGAGAAUGAAGUGGUGAAUCUUAUGUUCCAAUCACUUCAUUUCUGUAACAAAGGUGCUGAGUCUUUUGCAACACAGACGAUGUACCAGUUCCGUGCGGCCACCAUUAACCAUCGCUUGGCAUCUCUGUUCCACAAUACUCUAAGGCAAGAGUGUAAGGAGCAUAAACGAAAACACUUGCACACGUUGUCAGAGAGGCACUACGUACAGGCACUGAAUCUCUACCAGCAAAUGGACUGUCAUCUGGAAUACCUGCAGACAAAGCUAGAGUUUGUUGCAUUGUUAGAAUUAGCCGGAGCUGGUGCGUCAUCAGCGCGAAAUCAAUUAAGAUGCCAGUUACAAAUAGUGCACUCUCUAUCAGAAUGUUCUGAAUCAUUAAGCAGCUUGGCAAAUCUUCUGAAGGAAUCAGAAAAAACAUCAAAUGUUUGGAAGGAGGGGUUGACAAUUACGAAAAUUAUAGAAGAUAAAAUCCAGUCUGGUCUUUUGCACCUGGUGAAACUUUACAAACAACUACAUGUAAAAAAGAGCUCAACCCAGGAACUACCCAUGAAAGCUGAAAGGCUAAAACGAUUUUAUGCAGCAAGCCUAACAAAUAGAACUGUGGGUAAAAAUGACGAUAUUUUAAUUGAAAGAUGCUCUAUAUUACACAUGUUUCUUUCAGAAAUUGCUCAAUUUUAUAAUAAUGUUCUUGCUAAGGAUUUGCAAUCUUGAUAAAAAUCUACUUAUUGUUAAUAAUUUGUAUUGCUAUUAAAAAAUUGUGUUUAAA